AUGAGGACGCGGUCCGCUCGAAGCGCGGCCAAUGGGGAGGCGCGGGGAGCGCGCGCGGGGGGCGGCGCGGCCAAUGGGGCGCUCGGGCGCGGCGGGGCGGCCAUGGCAGACGCGAUGGCGGCGGACGGUCCGCGGCGCUGCCGGCGGCUGGAGGGCGAGGCGGCGCGGGCCGCGCUCGCCAACGCCGACACGCUGCUCUUCGACUGCGACGGCGUCCUGUGGCGGGGCGAGGCGGCCGUGAGCGGCGCGGCGGAGACGCUGGGCCGGCUGGCGGCGGCGGGCAAGCGGCUGUGCUACGUGACCAAUAACAGCGGGCGGACGCGCGCGGCCUACACCGAGAAGCUGCGGCGCCUCGGCUUCCCGGCCGCCGAGCCCCGGCACAUCUUCAGCUCGGCUUUCUGCGCCGCCCGCUACCUGCGCCAGGCGCUGCCGCCCGGCGCCGCCGCCUACGUGCUGGGCAGCCCCGCGCUCGCCGCCGAGCUGGAGGCCGUGGGCAUCCCGCACCUCGGCCCCGGGCCCGCCGCCCUGCCCGGCCCCACGCCCAAAGACUGGGUGCAGGCGCCGCUCGACCCCGCCGUGCGCGCCGUGCUCGUGGGUUUCGACGAGCACUUCAGCUACGCCAAGCUGUGCCAGGCGCUGCGGUACCUCCUGCGCGGCGGCACCGACUGCCUCCUCGUCGGCACCAACCGCGACCACCGGCUGCCGCUCGAGGGCGGCGCCGGCAUCCCCGGGACAGGAUGCCUGGUGAAGGCCGUGGAGACGGCGGCGCAGCGCGAGGCCUUCAUCGUGGGCAAACCCAACCGCUUCAUGUUCGACUGCGUGGCCGGCGAGUUCCAGGUGGACCCUGCACGCACCAUCAUGGUGGGGGACCGGCUGGACACGGACAUCCUGAUGGGCAACGACUGCGGCCUCACCACGCUGCUCACCCUCACCGGGGUCACGGCGCUGGACGAGGUGCGGGGCCACCAGGACAGUGGCUGUCCUGCCAGGCACAGCCUGGUCCCUGAUUUCUACGUCGACAGCAUUGCUGACCUGCUCCCAGCGCUGGGGGAGUGA